UAUACGAUGCAGUAUACAGUCCAACUCUCGUAGAUCAACUGGUCUCGCGAGAGGACACUGCGCCCAAAAAAUGGAAGUCGGUGGGAACAGUGGGAUUCCUGUAAACAAUAAACAGAGAGCUAUGUUGCCUAACAAAAGCAGGGUUGAAUUUACCCGAAACCCAAGAAAAGAUUCAGAGGGACUGUCGGAGUCUCCAGACCUUGAGUUUGAAUAUGCUGAUACGGACAAGUGGGCUGCAGAGCUGUCAGAGCUCUACAGUUAUACUGAAGGACCAGAGUUUGCUGUCAAUAGGAAGUGCUUUGAGGUGGAAUUCAGAACACAUGUUUGUGAUAGGAAGUGGACGGAGCUUGAUGCAGCUCAGCACAGAGCUCAUGCCAUGCGCCUGUUGGAUGGUCUGGAGGUGAUAGCCCGAGAGAAGAGGCUGAAGGCUGCCAGAGCCAUUCUUUACAUGGCUCAGGGAACCUUUGCAGAGUGUAGCUCUGAGGCUGAGGUGCAGUACUGGAUGAGAUACAACAUCUUUCUGCUGCUGGAUGUGGGGACCUUCUCUGCUCUGGUGGAGCUGCUCAACAUGGAAAUUGACAACAGUGCUGCCUGUAGUAGUGCUGUCAGGAAACCAGCCAUCUCCCUUGCUGACAGCACAGAUCUCAGAGUGCUGCUCAACAUAAUGUACCUGAUGGUGGAAACGAUACAACAGGAUGACCCAGCCGACAAGCCUGAAUGGAAAAUCAUCAGAGAAACCUUCAGAGCAGAACUGGGAUCUCCUCUGUUCAACAAUGAGCCAAUGUCCGUCAUGCUCUUCGGUAUGGUUACCAAGUUCUGUAGUGGUCAUGCCCCUCACUUCCCAAUGAAGAAGGUGUUGUUGCUGUUGUGGAAGAGCAUACUGUUCACACUCGGAGGGUUUGAGCAGCUCCAAAGCAUAAAGGUUCAUAAGCGUGUGGAGCUGGGUCUGGCCCCUCUCCCAGAGGACAGCAUUCGAGUCAUUCGCAGUAUGAGGGCCGCUUCUCCUCCUGCGUCUGCAUCCGACCUCAUAGAGCAGCAGCAGAAACGGGCGCGCCGCGAACACAAGGCGUUAAUCAAACAGGACAACCUUGACGCAUUCAACGAAAAGGAUCCUUACAAGGCUGACGACUCUCGUGAGGAUGAGGACGACAACGAUGACAAUGACAACUCUAUAGAGGCAGAAACGUUCCCUCUAGAGAGGGACGAGGUGAUGCCUCCGCCUAUUCCUCACCCUCCAUCAGAUAGGGUGUCCUUACCCAAAGGACUGCCGUGGGCUCCUAAAGUCAGGGAAAAGGACAUUGAAAAUUUCCUGGAAUCAAGUAGAAGUAAAUUUAUUGGUUACACACUUGGAAAUGAUACAAAUACAGUUGUUGGCUUGCCUAGGCCAAUUCAUGAGAGCAUAAAGACCUUAAAGCAGCACAAGUACGUCUCCAUUGCUGAGAUACAGAUUGCAAAGGAGGAGGAGUUUCAGAAAACCCCUCUGUCUGGGGGUGAAGAGGAGGUGGAGAUGUCCUCCAUUGAGCUGCUCUAUCAGGGAAUUCUGCCCAGUUUGCCUCAAUACAUGAUUGCUCUGCUGAAGAUCCUGCUCGCAGCAGCGCCGACUUCCAAAGCCAAGACAGACUCCAUCAACAUCCUGGCAGACGUACUGCCGGAGGAGAUGCCGACCACAGUGUUGCAAAGCAUGAAACUUGGUGUUGAUGUCAAUCGACACAAAGAGAUCAUCGUGAAGGCUAUCUCUGCCAUCCUGCUGCUUCUACUAAAACACUUUAAACUCAACCACAUCUACCAGUUUGAGUACAUGGCUCAACACCUGGUGUUUGCCAACUGCAUCCCCCUCAUUCUGAAGUUCUUUAACCAGAACAUCAUGUCUUACAUCACCGCUAAAAACAGCAUUUCAGUACUUGACUUUCCUCACUGUGUGGUGCAUGAGCUCCCGGAGUUAACUGCAGAGAGUUUGGAAGCAGGAGACAACAAUCAGUUUUGCUGGAGGAAUCUGUUCUCUUGUAUUAACCUGCUGAGGAUCCUCAACAAACUAACCAAGUGGAAGCACUCCAGAACAAUGAUGCUAGUGGUGUUUAAGUCCGCUCCCAUCCUGAAGAGGGCGCUGAAGGUCAAGCAGGCCAUGAUGCAGCUGUACGUCCUCAAGCUGCUUAAAGUGCAGACCAAAUACCUGGGACGUCAGUGGAGGAAGAGCAACAUGAAGACCAUGUCUGCCAUCUACCAAAAGGUCCGACAUCGGCUCAACGACGACUGGGCCUACGGGAACGAUCUGGACGCUCGUCCCUGGGACUUCCAGGCCGAGGAGUGUGCUCUGCGGGCCAACAUCGAGCGCUUCAAUAGUCGCCGCUACGACAAGAGCCACAGCAACCCGGACUUCCUGCCUGUGGACAACUGUCUGCAAAGUGUCCUGGGACAGCGGGUGGACCUGCCCGAGGACUUCCAAAUGAAUUACGACCUUUGGCUGGAGCGGGAGGUCUUCUCCAAACCCAUUUCCUGGGAAGAACUGCUACAGUGAGAAUCUAAACGACUUUCAUCAACAACAAAAGUUGCAAUCAGGACCAACAGACCAGCAGUAUGUUAUAUGUUCUGUCCAGACUGAAGCUGGAGGAUGGAUUUAGCUCUCUAAAGUUGCCCAGGUGUAGAUUUUCAAUCAUCGUGUUACAGUUACGUUUACGUGACGAACUAUUGAGACUUCCCCACACUAAUGCCACUCAGUUUUUUUUUUAAUGAAACAGCUGACGAAUGA